UCAAAAUGGCGUCUUGUUGGCGAUUUCGGCCACUUGUCAAAUUUUCUUAUUGCAGAUAUAUGUGUCAGAGGCGAUUACAGAAGAAAUUUUUCUGUCAGCAGUCACAAGUCAUAAUAACACGUUCAAGGUCAUCUUUUACUGAGUCAGAAAACUUGGAUGAGGAUAACCGGCAUACAGAUGACACCUAUGGAGACAUGGGAAGACAGCAAGAUGACCUCUACCCUGGUCAUAUCCCAACUUCAUUCUUUCAGAAAUCUUUACUAGCAGUGGGAUCAGCAGCCAUGUGCAUCAUCAACCCUGCCAGAGAUGACAUGAUCUGUGCUUUGGGCGAGACAACAGGCUCUUUAGCUCUGCGCUAUGUGAGACAGAAGAUGUUGUCUGACCCUGUUGGUAGGCAGAUUCUGGAGGAAGAACCCUUGAUAACAACAGAGACAAUUUCAGUUCCCUACUUAGAGAGUCUACCUGACAACACAUUCGGAAAGGCCUACUGGAGAUUCCUUGACAAAAAUGGAUUCUCUCCUGAUGCACGACGACCUGUCAACUUUGUGGAUGACCGUGACCUUAUGUAUGUGAUGUUGCGGUAUCGACAGCUGCAUGAUCUGAUGCACACGCUGCUGGGAAUGCCUCCCAACAUGCUGGGAGAGGUGGUCGUCAAGUGGUUCGAGGCCAUCCAAACUGGUCUACCCAUGUGUACUCUGGGAGCUCUGGUGGGACCAGUAAGACUUGGGCCAAAACACCGACAGAAGUACCUAAGUACUUAUCUGCCCUGGGUUUUAAGGAGUGCCAACAAUUCCAACUUCCUGAUGUCUGUGUAUUUUGAAAAACACUUUGAGAAAGAUUUGGAUGAAUUUCGACAGGAGCUGAACCUAGAGCCUGCACCGGUCCCUUUGAUAAAGACUGGUGCUGGCACUGUGACAAAGUGAUUAAACUAUUAAUUCUACUUGUGUGAUGAAUCGUAUGGAUCGAUGCUCGUGCUGUUGAUCACUGGAUUGUUUAUCAAGACUCAAUAAUUUACAGACUGGUGCCAAAUAGCUGGAAUAUUGCUGAAUGUGGCGUGAAACCACAAACAAAAUCUACUUGUGUGGAUCGAUGCUCAUUCUGUUGAUCACUAGAUUGUCUGUCCAGGCUUGAUAAUUUACAGACUGGAGCCAAAUACAUGGAAUAUUGCUGAGUGGGGCUUAACCACAAACAAACAAAAUCUACUUGUGUGAUGGUACAGGAAUAAUGUCUUUUUGGAAUAAUGGAGAAUACAGACAGACAUUAUCUUUGUGCUCUAUGAGGCAGACCAGGCCACUACAUGUUCAUCAGCCAGCCUCAAGUUUGAAUAAAUUAACGUUUUCUUAAA